AUGGCUGCUAUAUCAGAAGAUAUUGCAAAUUCGAGCAUUCCACCCCCUACGCAGGCUCUGAUAGACAAGGCAGACUUGGAAACGGGUAGCGUAUUCGCAAUAGAUCCGGUUCAGCCUCGCAUACUACCACAAUAUAUUCCAUUAUCCAAACACAAUUCGAGUAAUACGCAAGAAAUAUUCAUCGAUUCCAUCCUAAAGCAAGACAUUCAGAAUUCGACUGGCGAAACACCGUCCAAUUUCAUUGUAUCCACGCCCUCGCUCUCUUCAAACACACUACCAAGUCAAGGCAGUGCUGCCACUAAUACACAGGAUCCAUUUGCUGAUUUAUCAACUUAUAUCACUGAACUGAUAGAAAAAACAUCAAGUACCGAAUCUACACUCUCUAAUGUGGCUGUAAAUGGUCUAGAAGGCACAACUAAACUGAGCUACGCUAUUCAAGAAAUCUUGAUACAAUCUGGACAAACCAAGGAAAAGUUGAAUAUCAGCACAAAAGCCCAAUUCAUUCGUCUUGAAAAGCAAUUGGUUGAUAUCAAUCAGUGCUGCCAGUUACUCAAAACUCAUCUUCAUGAUUUAAAUGCAACCCGAAUUGAUAUUCUUGGUCGCUUAGUCACGCCUUCUACAAUGGAUCGAAUAGCAAAUAUGAAAUCUACUGUAAAAGUCAUUUUGCCACACCAGCGUCAUGAACAGUCGGGAGGUCACAGUAAUCAUGGAUCAAUUGCUCCACAAACUAGAGCUUCUGUUGCAGUCACAUCACUUGAUAGUCAAGAAAGCGAUGCUUUUCUUGAUAUGGGUAUAUUUCCCAAAACGGGAUUGGCAGCUGCCAAUCACGUCAGUAUGGCUCCAGUAGCGCCUAAAAUGUUUGCCAAACUUCCUAAAGAGGUUACUGACGCAAAUCUGCCUAAACCAGAGCUUAUGCGAUUAUCUGCUCUUUAUGAACUAAUCGAAACAGAAGCUGAUUAUUGUCGUGAUUUAAUGACGAUGAUUAAUUUUCACAGAGCACAGCUUAGAGAAAGCAAAAUUGUGUCUGAACAGGACAGUACCGCAUUGUUUUCUAAUAUCGAUCAGCUUUUAUUGGCCAAUCAGGGACUGUUAGCAAAGCUUAAAGCGCGGCGUGAUCUUAAUCCAAUAGUUCAGGAGAUUGGUAUAUUACAAAUGUAUCAAUGCUAUGCUCUUAAAGUGUACUCUAUAUAUGCAGCAAAUUAUCCUGCUGCCAUGAAGCUUGCUUACAGCCUUCAAGGCCGACCAGAAGUGAAAGAGAUGAUGCAGAAAUGGAUGAACAACCCAGAAGUUCGUGGACUGAGUUUAGAAUCAUUUUUGGUAAAUACUACUCAACAAAUAUUACAGUAUGCUGCUAAUAUGAUCUACACUAAUAGUAUGGUUGUAUAUGGAAAUGUUUACAGAUCAAACCAGUACAAAGAAUUUGCAAGUAUGUAUCCUUUACUGCUAAGAGAAUUAGAAAAACACACAGAGCGAGCAGGAAAUACUGUGGAUCAAGCCAAUUUGCGAGCAGCCGCUGAAAAAAUUGAAGCUGUAGUUACAUUGGUAAACGAAGCAACUCGAACUGCUGAAGAAAAACAGCGUAUAUUAAACUUGGAAUCAAAUAUCGAGUCUCCGAUUCCGCUUGGGUUUGCAGACAAAAAGCAUAUCAAAGAUGGACCUCUUCUGCGACUAGCUGGAGGGAAAACUAAAGAAAGAUACGUUCUUUUGUUCACAGAUAUGCUGCUCAUUUGCAAAAGUCAAAAAUCCCCAGGAAAAUACGAGCUUGAAUCUGGAUAUUCUUUGGCAGAGCUUUUACCACGACAAGAGUUUAAAGAUACCGUCAAGAGUCGUGGGAUCAAUAUUGUGACUCUUAGUGUAAUCACGUCAGACGACAAGGAUACGAUCGUAUUUGCUUCCAGUAAUGACGAAGAUCGCCUCAAAUGGAUAGAUGCAUUUACGGUUGCAUUUAAAGAUAUCACGGAAGAGCACCGAUCUGCAGUACGAAGCACAAUGAAUUCCAAUAUGCUUAAACAGCCCAGUUUUAACGAAAGCGGCGGCUUGACAUUCAGAGCAACAGCAAAAAAAGGAAAAGGAAAUAUUGGACGAACUAUAGCAAUCGGAGCUGGAUCAUCAAUGCUUCGAAAGGCUGUUGUGUUGAGUGAACCAGAGAUUGUUGAAGUCGGAGGUGAAAUCUACAAACGAGCUUUUGCUGCAACUGGCCAUAUCUACUAUUUUUCGACUCAAACACACAAGUCUAUCUGGAAACUACCUGAUGGAUAUACUAUAGUAGAGAACUGCGCUGUUACAUCUGCAAAUGGAACCGAACCACAUAACCCAGAUUUAGAUGGAAAUCAAAUGGCAUUUGAUAUUGAGGAGGAAGAGGGAAUGAUACUAAACUUGGUUGAAGGCUACCCUAUGUGGCGUUGUGUCGAUCGCGGUGAUGGAAUGCCAUACUUUUUUAACAUCAAUACACAGGAGACUCGGUGGGAGCAUCCCAAAGUAUUAAUAGCCGAGGGAGAAAAUACAAAUGCUCUAGCUUGA